AUGAGUUUUCGCGUAAAGGAAAGAGGGACCGGUGUACAAGGGGACGAAGGCCAUAUCAUAACAUCUUUCGAAGAUUCAGUUUUUAGCCAGGUCAUACGUACACCGUCCCUUAAACGAUCCAGCACAAGCAACGACAACCCAACACAAACCUACGAUUUUAGGCGAGACUGCAUCUCGUCCUCCCAGCUGAGGUCGUGCGAUAAGGCUGUUGAGGAAUGGGUGCUAGUGGCAAACCCGACUUUCUUUCUCCCGCUCACGGCACACCGCCAUCCCAAGCAGCCCGGGUGGCGGGCGGAACAAAAAGUCAUGCCCGCCGUCUUCGUCGACAAAAAGCUCGUCUGUCGGUCAAAUAAACAAGUAAGGAAAUGGCCGACUUUAAUAAGGAAAACGUCGACGCCAACAGCCCUAAAAAGCGUCCGUGCCUCACCGGCCCCUGAUAUCGCUCACAACCCAUCACAAAUCCUCUCUCCCACAUCUUCAAACACGUUCAUUGUGCCGCGGAAGCGCUUACCGCCGGGCUUAUCAACAAUAACACAAUUUGCCUCGGCUUAUGGUAGUAUCGCCAAUGGAAGCAAAACUCCUCGGCGGGGCCCAAAACUACAUUUGCAACUGCGGCUAGAGCUGUAA